UAAUGAUUUCUCACAUUCGGUGAUUUGCACUACCAAAACAAAUGCGAGGACUUUUGUAACCUUUAUUGAAAUGGCAUAUUAGCAGGGACUAUGAUAUGUUUGCGGUGUUAAAAAUAUGAUGUAACAACGUGUUAUCUAAAGUACUAUCCCAUUGUUUAUAUCCAAAUCAACAUACAAACCAGUAUAACCGAGUUGAUGUGUGCAAUUUUACAGUUCCCGAACGGUCGGUGGAAUUACAAAAAUCCCGAAAUACAGGGAAAAACCGAAAUACACUUUCGCGUGCGUUCCUGAAGUAGAUGAAGCUUAAUAUUUUGACAUAUAUGACAGACAUGGAAGAAGAUUUGUAGAUAAAGUAUUUCCAACGAAUAUAUCAACAUAAGCCAGGCAACAUUUCCUUACAGGAGUUCUUAUGCAAAAGAUUUACACUCAUAAAGGUUGCAAGCAAUUACCUUGUGGACAGUUUCUAGGUGUUUGUGGAACUUGGAAAAACACUAUAUUGACACAGAUGAAAACUAUGCAGAUGCACAGCACACCUAAAGACAACAACCCAACAAACCAAAAUAAUUCAUGGUUGUUGUUAAAAAAAGCUGCAUUGCCCCUAGCAGUCGCCGGGACCGGAGUUGUUGCCGCCCCACUAAUUUUGUCCGCUGCAGGAUUUGGCGCUAGCGGUAUCGUUGCGGGAUCCUUGGCCGCAAAAGGGAUGUCCUUUAUUGCAGCAUGGAAUGGCGUUGGCGUUGUUGCUGGAAGUACAUUCGCGGCAUGCCAGUCAGCGGGAGUGGUUGGAAUAGCCGGAAGUACACUUACGGGGAUCGGUGUGACUGCUGGAACAGCCACAGCUGUUGUACAAGAAGGGAUACAACGCAUAGGAAAGAAAAGCAAAAAUGAGGAAAACAUUGAUGGCUCUGAAGAAGACGAGCAAUCAGAAAAUGAGGACGAGAAAGGAAGUGACGAAUUACAUAUUUAAGAUAUGUAAAUUACUAACUUAUGUCAACAUCUGGUGCAUUUUAUGGCGCAUUCCAGUUAUUUUGGUGAUCACAUGACGUUGCUUUUUCAAGUGUGUUAAAACCAUACAGUUUUUUGCCUAUCAAACAUUAAUUAAAUAUAUCUUAACGUCUAUUUCAUUUUGCUGUUCUAAUGAAACCUCAAAUAUUUGACUGAAAAAUUAAAAUAAUCUUCAUUUUUAAAGACGAAUGAAUCAUUUGAAAAAAGAUAUCUGACAUGAGUUGCUAUUUUAUACUAAAACUAUGGAUAUUCAUUAAGGCAAAAUAACAAAGCGAGCCUUUGACCUCAUGUAAAAUUCUAUAUGUACAACAUGUUGAUAGCAAGAUAACUUUGGAUAGGUGUAUGAAUAUGCUUGUGUAAUUAUAAAAAAAUAUAUAUUUGACGUCAUCUUUUCUCUGUUCGAAUAAAAAGUAGACCUUACC